AUGUGGAAAAUUUUGUCACUAUUGUUAAUUUUACCAUAUUGUAUUGUUAUUGCAUAUGUUUUUGAUAAAAAUGGAUAUAUUGUGUACUGCCCUUGCAUGGGCAGAUUUGGAAAUCAAGCAGAUCACUUCUUAGGUGCUCUUGCUUUCAGCAAAGGACUAAACAGGACCCUUGUUCUGCCGCCAUGGGUGGAAUACAGAUAUGGCGAGCCUAGAUCAAUACAGGUGCCGUUUAAUACAUACUUUAAAGUUGAAAGUUUAGCUGAAUAUCACAACGUUAUCACAAUGCAUGAGUUUAUGUCUGACAUUGCUCCAUUUUUGUGGCCUGAGGAUAAAAGAGUAUCAUUCUGUUACAUGGAAAGAAGUGGUGAACAAAAAGGCAGUUGCAAUGCCAAAUCUGGAAAUCCUUUUGGUCCAUUUUGGGAUACUUUUGGCAUUAAUUUUGUUGGUUCUGAAUUUUAUGGGCCACUGAAUUAUGAUGCACAUAGUACUACAAUGAUGACCAGGUGGACCCAAAAGUACCCUCCUGGAGAAUGGCCGGUAUUAGCAUUUACAGGGGCACCAGCUAGUUUCCCAGUCCAGAAUGAAAACAAAGUUUUACAAAAAUAUUUGAAAUGGUCUGAAAAAUAUGAUAAUGAAUCAAAUGCAUUUAUUAAGAAGAAUAUGAAUGGUGGUGGCUUCAUUGGUAUCCACCUCAGAAAUGGGCAGGAUUGGGUGAAAGCCUGUCAACAUGUCAAGGACAGUCCCACGUUAUUUGCAGCCCCACAAUGUGUUGGCUACAAAAAUGAAAGGGGACCUUUAACGCCAUCUAUGUGUUUUCCUCAGAAAUCUGAAAUAAUCAAGCAAAUUAAGAGAGCCAUCAAGAAGGUCAAUGGCAUCAAGUUUAUUUUUGUAGCGUCAGAUUCCAGCCAUAUGUUGGAGGAGCUGAAUGAGGCCUUGCAGCGCACUGAUGUUGUAGCUGUAAGAUUACAGCCAUCGGACCCACAUCUAGAUUUAGCAAUAUUAGGAAAAUCCAAUUAUUUUAUUGCUAAUUGUGUAUCAUCAUAUUCAGCAUUUGUAAAGAGAGAAAGAGAUUCUAGAGGCUUGCCCUCUGAGUUCUGGUCUUUCCCUCAUCGUAAAAAAGGAAAACAUGAAGAACUAUAAAUGUAAAAGUGAGGCUAUUACUGCGAAUUAAUGUGUCAGAUGUAAUGCAGUACCUAUAUAAGAGUGAAAAACUGUUUUAAAUUAAUUUUAUCACUGUAACAUUAUACUUUUAUAUGUUAAUUAAAUCACGU